AUGUCCAUCCCGUCUGGUUACGGUAAACGCUUCAUGUCCGACUCAGCCCCUCGUCAAUCCAUCCUCUACGAAGACAGCUAUCCCCCCAAUUACGAGCAGGCUGUCAGCUCGAGCGUGUUCCCCGGGAAAACGAGUAUACCGGCUGGUUGUUUGUGGUCUGUACGGGUGUGGUUGAGGGCGGACGGAGUGGAGCAUAGGCUGUUUGGAGACGACGAGCUGUGGUUUGGGAAAGAUCCUGAUUUCAACUCGAUUGGCGAUGCGUCGUUUGGGAGGCUGAAGGUGCAGGACUCGAAUCAGCAGGUGUAUAAUGCGUAUGUGGGGAGAGCGCUGGUGACGUUCACCUUCAGAUGGGAAAGGGUGAAUGGAACGCUGUACAAGUAUUCGUUGGACUAUGAAGCUGGAGGUGUAGGCGCCAACCUGUUUGAAGACUUUCGAAUGAAACUAGACGCUGAUCCACGGACGCUUAGUUUCCUCGUCUUCACCGUCCCAGCCAACUCCAUCCCCGCCGGCGCAUCGCACAAACUACGCGUCUGGCUCCGCUCACCGGUCCCCAUCAACACCGUCGACGCGACCACCUCCUACGUCCUCCCCUUCAAUGACUCCUUCGUCUACCAGCGAAUAUGGAAAACGGACGACUUCAAGCUUGGCGCGCAUUUGAACUUUGACGCGCUGGGCCCGAAGAUGAUUAUGGGGUUUGCGACGGGUGGGCCAGAGACGGUUACGAUGCCUCAUCCGGUGCAUCAGUAUCAGCCUAGGCAUGAGUCGAUUUCGUCGAUUGAGGGGUUGAAGAAGAUGGGGUAUGAUUUCUGAGGUUGGAGUAAUGUUGAAGAAUUGGUUUAUGCUUCUUUCUAUGACCGUUAUGCUUCUGGUUAUACCCCUACCUACUCGUCCUAUCCCACCCAAACCCAUCCCUUAGCGUAGAUUCAUCCCCCUUCCACUCACAUGGCUAUGGCCACUUGUAUUCCUAACUCACGACCAAAAAGAGCGGAUAAUC